AUGAUGCUCUUACAGAUACGGCGGCAGCCUGCUGUGCGCAGCAUCCACCUGGUCACACAGAGGCUGAAUUCUCAGUGGAGUCAAGAUAUGAGCAUUUCGCUUGCUGCCCUGGAGCUGCUGGCGGGGCUCGCCAAGGUGAAGGUGGGAGUCGACUCCGCGGACCGUAAGCGGGCCGUCAGCUCCAUCUGUAGCUACAUCGUGUACCAGUGUAGCCGGCCGGCUCCUCUCCAGUCCAGAGACCUUCACUCCAUGAUCGUGGCCGCCUUCCAGUUUCUCUGCGUGUGGCUCACCGAGCACCCCGACAUGCUGGACGAGAAGGACUGUUUGAUGGAGGUUUUGGAGAUAGUGGAGCUGGGAAUCUCCGGGAGCAAGUCUCGCCAUGAGCAGGAAGUUCGUCACAAGGCGGAGAAGGAGCACAAUCCAGCUUCGAUGAGGGUGAAGGAUGCCGCCGAGGCCACUUUGUCUUGCAUCAUGCAGGUGUUGGGAGCCUUCCCUUCUCCCAGCGGACCCGCGUCCACUGCAGCCUGCUGAACGAAGACAAGCUGAU